AUGACUUCCUCUUCGAAUCUUCUUCCCAUAUAUCGCCUCUUGCCCGGCCUAACGGCUACUGCAGCCCUGUCAUAUGCCGCCAGUGAAUACUGGGUUCUGGUACCUUUUCUCCACCGGGACAUUCCCAAGGAAGCUCCAGGGAUAUGGUGGAAUCAAGCAUUGUGGCCGGGAACGGCGGGGGUUUUGGCGAUUGGAUGGACGUCUGUGGGCGCUGGGAUCUUGAGCAUGCGGCACACAGCUGGAGAAGCACAGUCGUUGUAUAAAUGGGGAGCAAUCUUUGCUGCUGCCCAUUUUAUAUUUGCUCCCUUUGUCGCACAGGUGAUCAAGCGGACGGUAUAUGGACCACCAGAGAAUUCCAAGAAUGAAGUCAGGACCUGGCUCAAAAUACAUACGCUCCGAACUAUCGUGGCGGAUCUUCCAGCGGCAAUUUGCUUUUUGCGUGCAUUCUUGGCCACGCUCUAG